CCGGGUCUUUCAUUAGAGACUCGAAGAACGAGAACCUGACCGCAGACGCUUUCCUAGAGACACCGAGUAGCAUCCUUUUCAGCACCACCUCGUAGAAUACUGCCCCCUUGUCGCUGUAUUCAACCAACAAACAACAAUAGAUAAAUUAGACCGAGCGGAGAGAUCCUUCCCUGACUGUCAACGCAAAAGCAAACUAAGAAAUGGCGUCGAAUGCACAAUACGACCAGGGAAGUGGGCAACCCCGCCCACUCCAGAUGGGUGCCAAGGGUGCCUACAUCGUGAGACUGCUCAUGGUUGGAGAUUCUUCCUGUGGAAAGACAUCCCUGGUUCUUCGAUUCGACCAAAAUGUCUUCUCAACGAAAUUCGUGACAACGAUUGGUGUGGAUUACCGAGAUAAAAUGGUCAAGGUACGUGCUUUUGAGGCAGAAUGUGUCUUUUGUAUGUUGCGUCCACAAGAUGCUCUGUGGCGUGCAGUCCGUCGUUUCUUUUUCUUGGCGAGUCUAUUGGAUCCCGUUCCUCUGACACGAAUUCCUUUUCUUGGGACUUUUUCGCAAUGUCCGUGAAAUCUUUCGGAAUCGCAUCGAUUCAAAAUUCGCGCCGGGUUGUCGCUGUGUUGUGGGUUUAGAUCGAGGGUGUGCCAAUGCGUUUGCAGCUGUGGGACACGGCCGGACAGGAACGAUUCCGGUCUCUGACUUCCAACUUUUUUGGACGAGCCGACGGCUUUGUCCUGACCUACGACAUUUCCAACAGACCAUCCUUCGAUCACGUCAUUGGGUGGAUGAGAGAUAUCAAGACCAGGGCACCCCCCGAUUGCGAUAUCGUCUUGUGCGGAAACAAAAGCGAUCUAGACAACGAUCGAGUCGUCACAUACGACGAAGGAAAGCAACUGGCAGAGGAAUACGGGGUUGAGUUCUUUGAGACAUCGGCCCUUACCGGACAAAACGUCGAGAAAAUGUUUUACGGGUUGUCCACUACGAUCAAACGCAAACGGAUCGACGAAUUCGAGGGAAGCGGGGGCUCCGCUUCCGGAGGAGGAGGCGCGGACCAAAACGCUGCCGGUGGAGAGGGUAGCCAGAAGAUCGAUCUCGGUUCCUCACAGGGUGGUGCCGAUGCACCGAAGGCGGGCUGCUGUUGAACAACCUUGUCGCGGCGGCCAUCUGCAAUUGUUAUGAAAGAGUCUUUCGUUUUGGUCGAUCGAUUGGUUCCGACACCUUGGACAAGAACAUGGUUUCGAGGGAUGCUUUGCGGCAUGUCGCAUCGAGCCAUGGAUGCAUACAGUACGUAUAUUGUUGCUCAUCUCAGAGUGGCCUACACACAGUUUUGGUAGUCAAAAGAUCAAUACCAAUUAAUCUACUCAAUACCACGGCUUGUCUUUCGCUACCGUGAGCGAGAGAAUUAGGCGUUG